GAGCAUCGAUCGGUUGCAGGCAUCUCAUAGUCUUUGUGUUCUUGUUGGCGCUUUACUUCAGCUGACAGAGAGGAAGGAGAAGACUGUGAGGAAGAGAGCUGAGCUGAGCUGAGCAGAGCGACUGCACCUGCCUCUCUUCUCCUCUCGUCCUCCCCUGGAUCCUACAUCCCUUCCCAAUCUGUUCAAGUGCCUUCUCAGAAACCCUAGGUUCUCGCAGUCCCUGCUGUUCCCGCUUCAAUUUGGCACUGCCGAUCGAGAUCGACUCAGGGCCCCGCUGAUUUCCGAGCAAUAAACUUUUAUCCGGUGAGAAUGGCGAGCGGGCAAGUAGUGAAGAAAGCCAUUUACAAGACCUCGAUCAAGGACCCGGGAUCCCCUGGAAUCCUCAAAAUGAGUGGUGAUAGACUUACAUUUAGGCCCAAGGAUCCUAAUCCGGCUGCGGAGCUUGAUGUGAAUUUUGAAACUAUUAAAGGUUACAAAAAUACCAAGGAGGGAUCUGGUAAACCGGCAUGGCUUAAUCUGACCAAUGACCAGGGUAGAAGUUACAUUUUUCAAUUUGAUGGUGGCUACGCCGAUAUGCAUAUUUGCAGAGAUUUUGUUGGAAAAGCUAUUGCAAAAUCUGGGGAGACUACAAAAGCUGCUCCUGCAAAACCUGAUGUCAUCAUAACUCCUGAUGAGCAAAUCAACAGAGAAGAGCUGGAGCUCCGGAUAAAACUAUUGCGAGAGGAUAGCGAGUUGCAGAAACUUCAUAAGCAACUUGUGAUUGGUGGUGUUUUGACGGAGGCUGAAUUUUGGGCAACAAGGAAGAAAUUACUUGAGAGAGAAUCUAGCAAAAAGCAAAAACAGCGCAUGGGCUUCAAAAGUGCCAUGAUUUCAGACAUUAAGCCAGCAACUGACGGUCGGACAAACAAAGUUACUUUCAGUUUGACACCGGAAAUCAUUCUUCAGAUUUUUGCCGAGAAACCUGCAGUUCACCAAGCAUUCUUGAGUUUUGUUCCCAGUAAGAUGACAGAAAAGGACUUCUGGACCAAAUAUUUUAAAGCAGAAUACCUUCACAGCACAAAAAAUGCCAUUGCUGCUGCUGCCGAGGCGGCUGAAGAUGAAGAACUUGCCAUUUUCCUGAAGCAUGAUGAUAUAUUGGCUAAGGAAGCUCGGCAAAAGAUUAGACGGGUGGAUCCCACGGUAAACAUGGAAGCUGACCAAGGGGAUGAUUACCUACAUCUACCGGAUCAUGGGAUAUUUCGUGAUGACGGCAAGGAAGUAAGUGAACCACAAUAUGAGCUAUAUAGAAGGACUUUAGCUCAUGACCUUAAUCGGCAUGCGGCAGUCGUACUUGAAGGGAAAUCUGUUGAAGUGGAACUGGAAGACACUAAGACUGUUGCGGAGGCACUUGCCCGGUCAAAACAAGCUGAGUUGGCUAAUGCGGAUUCUGAUGCAAAUGCUGAUCAGGAGCAGUUACAGAGAGUUUCACGUAUGACAGAGAUUGAAGAUCUUCAAGCACCCCGUGAUCCUCCACUGGCUCUGCUUUGUAUCAAGGACCCUCGAGACUACUUUGAUUCUCAACAAGUCAAUGCCGUUAAAAUUCUGGGGGAGGAUGCAAUGGGGACAGCGAAAAGGAAGAGUGCUGCAAACCCGAGGGAUGCAUUUGGGUCCCUCAGGAAAUGCAUAUCCGAGGUCAAAUCUGUGGGUCUGCGUGAUCCUGUAGUUUCAUCUAAAGAUGCUUUUCAGGUAUUCAAUGCGCUGACGCGUGAUAUAUCACGGACUAAAUAUGACGUGGGAAGGAAUUCUCAAGAUAGCGCUCUGGACAUGUUGCCAAACAUAGCGAAGGAGCAGCUUCUACAUCACUGGGCCUCCAUACAGGAAUUACUGAGACAUUUUUGGUCAUCGUAUCCAAUUACAACUUCUUACCUUUAUGCAAAGGUAACUAGACUGAAGGACGCCAUGUCACAGAUUUAUACACAGCUAGAGGAGAUAAAGAAAUCUGUACCAGCCAACCACAAGCAACAAGUUUCAGUUCUUGUUCGUCAAAUGCAUCAGGCUUUAGAUUCGGCUUUUCAACAUUAUGAUGCUGACCAGCAGAAGCGAUCUGCUAAGAGUAGUCAGAGACCGAAUGGAUAUGUCUAAGUGGGUGUUUUCUACAUUAAGUGCCAGAUUCCAUUGAUUAUAAGAUAAUGCAGCCGGGCCUCUCCUUGCAAGAUUAUCUUCCACUGUAAAUCAAUUAAAUUUUGUCCGAUGAAAUUCUAUAUGAGAAAAAUAUGCAAAGUUGUUGAGGUAAAUAUACAGUUGUUGAGGUCGCCUGCCGUUCGACGGCUUCAGAAGAGCUUUGAGGAAUAACGCUCUCUACAAA